GAACAGGCUGCACAGAGAGGCGUGGAAUCACUGUCCCUGAUGUUCAAGAAAAGGGUACAGAUGGCACUUAAGGACAUGCAUAGUGGAUAUGUUGGUGAUGGGUUGAUGGUUGUACUAGAUGAUCUUAGAAGUCUGUACAACCUCAACGAUUCUAUGAAAAUCCUUGGCCACUGUAACAGGAUUUGGACCAAGGUGUCUUGGUUCUGAGUACCACGCUUGAAUCUUUUGAUUAUGCACAGCAUGGUUUUGUGGUUUUUGACAUUUUAUGACAGAAGUGAAUGCUCACUCACAGUUCCACUGACUGAUACAAAUGCUGACCUACCAGCAGAACUCUUGCAAGGGAAGCUGGAAUAGAAGAAAUACAGGAUGUUACUGUGAGUCUAAUUGGUUCACUAAGUAUGGGGAUUCAGGAAAGCAAGACAUCAGACAAGAGAUGACACACUGAGAGCACUGCUACAGCUCAUCGUUGUCAGCCUCCCAAGCCCUGCUGCCAGUGGGUUUUCGCUUUCUCAGUGCAUGCAACUUAUGGGAUCAAGAGAUCACAUAAAGGAAGAAAAACUCGGCCUGCCUGAAGUUCCAUCUUUGUGCCCAGAGUUUAUCAGUUCUUGCAGAUUCAACACCACCGACAGUCUCUGGAUGUCGAUCCCUGUGAUUGCUCCUGAAAUCCUCUCCACUGCUUCCUCUUAUCGUGAUAUCUCAUGACUUCAAAGAGAUUCCUGUCUGGGUUGGCAUCCAGCAUCUGGAGCCAUGGAAGAGCAGCCAGCUUCUCCAGCUUCUGAUUCUCCCUUUUCUCUGCGGCGGGUCUGCAUUUCUGAAGAUGAACCUGAAGAUGAAGAUCAGGAGGAAACUCUGGAGGAGGAUACAACCCAAGUACAGAUGGAGAAAGACUCACUGAAGCAAGACAGGAUUGGUUCCCCUCGAUGUUCAGCACGGUGCUGGCAAGGACGAGGUUCUCUCAUCCCACAGGGCAUGGAAAGCCCAGGCCAAAGGGUGGGAGAGGAACCUGAGGAGCUGCAGCCAUGCAGGAAGCACCGGCUGAACCUGAAGCCCAAAACAAGCCUGCUUCCAACAUCUCCAGGAGAAGGAGAAAGAGCUGAAGAGCCAGGGCCCUCAAGGGGAAAGAGGCUGCGCUUGAUCUGGGGCCAGUCCAGUGACUUCCAACAGAAGAAAAACCUCGGGGAGAACGGGUUGGAGGAAGGUCCCAUGUUGCCUCAGAGCAUUGAAGAGGAGGAAGAGGAGGGAAAAGCUUCUCGGUCUUGCUCCCCCGAGCCACCUCUUCAUGGGAAUGCUCGUCCCAAGCCAGAUUUUGUGCAACUGAUUGAUGAGCAUGGCAUUUACUCCACGGCCAAGCUGGUGUUGGGCAGCGCGGCGGGUGAGCUGGAGGAGGCAGCAGUGGUGCUGCCCCCACACCUGAAGCGUGGAGCGAGCGGGGCCGCCGAGUUUGAGAUCCGUGAGGUGAUUGUGGACGAGAAGCCCUUCCAGUGUGGUGUGUGCGAGAAAGCCUUCAAACGUGCUUGGGAGCUCUUCAGCCAUGAGGUUGUGCACAAUGAGGAGCGGCCUUUCCGCUGCGAUCUCUGCGAGGCUUCUUUCAAGCGACACUCGGACUUCAAGAGCCACCGUUUGGUGCACACAGAGGAGCGUCCCUUCCGAUGCGAGCUCUGUGGGAAGCGUUUCAAACGUUCUUCUAACCUCCAGGAGCACCGGCGCAUCCAUACGGGUGAACGUCCCUUCCAUUGCGCCUGUUGUGACAAGAGCUUCAAGACACCUUACGAGCUGCAGCGUCAUACCCUGACCCACUGCACCGAGAAACCCUUCAAGUGCGCAGAUUGUGGGAAGGAUUUCCCCACUUCCAAUGCUCUCCUCCUGCACCAGAGGCAGCACUGCGACGACAAGCCCCACGUCUGCGGUGUCUGCGGUAAGAAGUUCACCUAUGGCCACAGCCUCAAGGUUCACGAGCGUGUGCACACGGGUGACCGCCCCUUCGUCUGCCCGCUCUGUGGAAAAGGUUUCAAGCAGUCCAAUGCACUUUCCUCUCAUGAACGUGUGCACACAGGGGAGCGGCCCUUUGUCUGCAAAACCUGCGGGAAGGCCUUCAAGCAGUCGUCCUACCUCGUGAUCCAUGAGCGGGCACACACUGGGGAGCGACCCUACAAAUGCGAAGCGUGUGGGAAAGCCUUUGCCCGCCCCUCCUUGCUGCUGCAGCAUCAUCGUGUGCACAGCCAGGAGCGGCCCUACAAAUGCAGCUUCUGCCACAAGUUCUUCAAGGACUUGGCCUACCUGGCAGUGCAUGAGAAGGUGCACACAGGCGAGACCCCCUACAAGUGCAGUGUCUGCGACAAGGGCUUUGCUCACCCCUCCAACCUGCUGCAGCACCAGCGCGUGCACCGUGAUGGCUGAACCAGAGCAGCGUGCGCAGCAUGAGUGUUUUGAGGCCAAGAAGCCUGAAGCAAGAAGUGAGCAUGCUACAAGCAUGCAUGCAGCCCCAGGCUGGCCCACUUACACAAGUAAGCCAUGUGUAGGGGACCUGGAGAGGAGGCCAAAAUGUGGGUGCUGCUGCAGGUCUUCUCCUGACCCCCAUCUCACUGGGGCCUCUGCUGCAUGGCUUCUCUCUGCCAAACCCUGACAUACACUGCUCUCUCCUGCUUCCAACGAAGUGAUCUCACAGGGAUGGUCGCCGAGCCCUCAGGCUGGGGCUGCUGCAGACUCCUGUCCCCUGACCUGCAGGGAGGUAACGUGCUGUCCUCCAGCACUGCUUGCUGCAGACUUGCUGGUGGUACAAGCUGAAGCUUGUGGUACUGUGAGUCUUGUGCUAUAGUGGCUUGCAGAGGCAAGCUGCUUUGACCAAGGCUGCGGUGCAGCUGAGAGAUGAUAUCCAGAGCUCUGACAGCACUGUAGGAAGUCCUGUAUUUAGCUGAUACUAAGGAAUGCUUCUCCUCCCCUCAGUGUUUCGAGAAGAGCUGCCCAGUCAUCUCUGUAAGUUCCCAUAACUCAGCCUUGCCCUGCAACAGGCUCCAUCAGCAUGUCUGCAUUAAGCUUGGAGCCACAUUGCUGUUUUCCUUGAGUGCAAGACAUGGGCUGGGAGUUCCUGGAUAUCCCCUUAUAGCAGGGGUACACUGAGUCCUGCAGCAGGAGGAGACAGAGCUGUCAAUUUUUGAGGAGAAUAAGUGCAUUGGUGUAAAGUAUGAUUGGGAACAGCAAUGCCUGAGCACCUCACAUUUCUUUUAGAGUGUAAAUGUCCCGUCCAUAUUUCACUCUGCUACUGAUGAUCAGGUUGAUGACGACAACGCCCUUUCCCCUGCUGUGCAGGGUCCACGCUGGCAUUUUGCUGGUACAGAAGGCUGCUUCCAGUGGGCAUAAAGCAGAGUCAGCAUUCCACUGGCUGCAAGUUGUGUGUUCUUAAGAUUUGGCCUCGAGGCACAAGGAAAGAGUUGGGUGACCAUGGGGAGCCAGAGCAGGGAAGAGGGGGGGGUGUUGGUCCCUAUUAUGCUGCUGGUGGAGCAUUUCUUGCAGGUGAUUGGGGAGAGGUGCUGAGCCACACAAUAGCCACCUCACCUCUCCCACUCUGGAGGUAAAAGCCUGGCAUCUCAAGUUGGAAAGACUUACCCUCUUUUCUGUGCCAUGGUGCUUGUGAGGCUGGUAGGAAGCAGAAAAGGGGGGAUACACAAAUUGUUUGCAGGAUCUGUAUGAGGAAGCAGAGAGCAGAAAACCAGCCUUGGGUCCUCUUUGUUUCCGUACAGUGCAUCCCUAGUGGCAGCACCAGAUCUAGAGCCACCUGAGCUGCUGCUGAAAUAUGAAUUUGUUCUCUUUGACUGAUAGCUGCUGUUGGGCAGAGGGUGGCAUGUAGACCUUUUCUUGCAAAAGCAAGACCCAAGUCCCUUGGGGCACCAGCAGAGUCCCAUCCUCACAUCUGAGCCGCUUUGGAGGGACCUGGUGUCACAGUCACCUUCUUGCACACUGAGUCUGUGGGACUGGAGGUGCCAACCCUCAGACUCCUCAUGAUCCCAGUCCUACCCUGUCCCCAUUUUGUACGGUUUGAAAGCAGAUGUACACUCCUCAGCACUCUGCACACUAAUUAAAGGAUGGUUAUUUAAUGA